GAGGAAGAGGAGCGGCCUUCCGGCGCCGUGACGUCACCGGGGGCGCCGCGCAGCGGGCGGGGCCGAAGGCGGCGGCGGCGGUGGCGAAGAUGGCGGACCUGCUGGGCUCGAUCCUGAGCGCCAUGGAGCCGCCCCCGAGCCUGGACGACCGCGAGGCCCGGCGCGCCAGGGAGCAGAGCGCGCGGCUGCGGACGCUGCAGGAGCAGGAGAAGCGCCAGAAGGCGGCCUUCCGGAAGCGGAUGGAGCGGGAGGUCUCGGCCUUCAUCCAGGACAGCGCGCAGCCCCGGCGGCGCUUCCGGCCCAUGAGCAAGAUCGAGCGCAGCAUCCUGCACGACGUGGCGGAGGUGGCCGGGCUGGCGUCCUUUUCCUUCGGCGACGACGAGGACUCGCGCUACGUGAUGGUCUUCAAGAAGGAGUUCGCGCCCUGCGAUGAGGAGCUGGACGCCUACCGCCGCGGGGAGGAGUGGGACCCGCAGCAGGCCGAGGAGCGGCGGCGGAUGAAGGAGCUCGCGCAGAGGCAGGCGGCGGAGGAGGCGCUGCGAGGCCCUCUGGUGGUGAACCCGCAGAGCGACUACAAGGAGAAGUACAGCCGCUUGAUCGGCAAGGUGGCCGCCAAGGACGCCGCCCACGCCAUGGAGGCCAACAAGGCCUACGGCUGCGUUCCAGUCGCCAACAAGAGGGACACCCGCUCCAUCGAAGAGGCCAUGAACGAGAUCAGGGCGAAGAAGCGGCUGCGCCAGAGCGAAGAGGAGGGCUCGGCCCCGCCGGCAAAGAGCUCGUAGGGGGUCCAGCUGCCUCGCCCCCGGGGCCGCUGCUGUUGGGGGGACUCAGCGGGGACGGGCAGGACGCCCCACCC